AUUGCAAGUUGUGAGCUGGUACAAUAAAUUAGCGGAGUUCUUAUCGAAGGCAUUCUUUUUAUCACCGAAAUAGCUUGUAUGAUGUUGGGUCAUUGUUUAUUAUUUGUUUUGUUACCGAGGUGUGUUACAAUUUGAAUCUAAUUUGUUAAUUUUAUGGCGGAAACUUUAUGGUUACCGAUUCGCUCUGCCCGGAUAUUUGGAACAGCUCUAUUCACCCACAACCAAUCAACAAAGUAGUCCUAACGAAUCAAAAAUGGCCAUCUAUUGCUGGGGCAGUAGCGUUCAUGGUGAGCUCGGUUUGGGCGGAAUUGAAGAAGAGCAGGUGAUGCUUCCUCGGGAGAUGGACUGGUGUCAUGCGGCCAGCCUUCAGCAGGUUGCCUGCGGUGGUUCGCACACAUUGCUACUGACCGUCGAAGGAAAGCUAUUCGCCUGCGGAAACAACGACCUAGGCCAGCUGGGGCACGACACCGCCGACGUGCCGAACAAGAGGCCACGUAUGUCCCGGUUUAAAUAUGUAUCGUCGUUAGAAAACUACAUCAUUACACAAGUCCGCAGUGGUUCGGCACACUCACUGGCUUUAACCAACUGGGGUCAGUUGUUCAGCUGGGGUUCAAACGUCCUUGGCCAGUUGGGUCACGAUAGCGAUCAGAACAGUUUUCCAACACCUCGGAUGGUCAAAUCGAUAGCAACGAAAACGGUCGUCCAGAUUGCCGCCGGACAAAUGCACAACCUGGCAUUGACAAACAGUGGAGAACUGUACGCCUGGGGUGCUAACGGGUAUGGCCAGCUAGGACUGGGAAUGACAAAUGAGAAGGUUUCGACUCCAACGCUGGUCAAGUCUUUAGCGGGAAUUCCAAUAGCUUUUAUUACCUGCGGUGGAUGCCACAGUUUUGCUAUUUCCAAAUCUGGUGCAAUAUUUUGCUGGGGCAAAAAUAUAUUUGGUCAGCUUGGCUUAAACGAUCUCAGCCCGCGAUGUUAUCCCACUCAGUUGAAAACUCUGCGCAGUCUCGGAGUACGGUACAUCAGCUGCGGAGAUGACUUUUCCGUGUUUCUUACACAAGAAGGUGGCGUUUUGACCUGUGGGGCCGGAACUUUUGGCCAGCUGGGGCACGGAACCUGUAGCAACGAAAUACUGCCACGAAUGGUGUUCGAACUAAUGGGAAGCAAGAUAACGCAAAUUGCAUGCGGCCGACGACAUACGUUGGCUUUUGUGCCAUCGCGAGGAAAGAUAUACGGGUUUGGCCUGGGAGGUGUCGGUCAACUGGGUGUCGGAGUUACUACCAACUUUAGUACGCCACAAAUCGUACGGGGACCGUGGGUCGAGUCCCCCAUUCAGCCCAAGAUCCAUUCGCUUCAGAUCUCCGGUCCAACGCCACCUACACAGCUAGUUGUAGGUAAAAUAUUCUCCGGCGGUGAUCAAUGCUUUGUUUCGCUCAUCACACAAAUACACCCGGAAAUCAACCCAGCCGAUUAUCGCUUGUACGAUGCAAGUACUCAAAUUCUUUCCAUGUCUGUUGAAGUGUGCAAAAACCUGUCCAUUGUGCAACCGCAUGAAACAGUGGACAUAGAUUUAAUCGCACUGGUGGAAACUGUGUUCAAAAGUCUGGCCUGUUUUAACGCUUCUUGGUUGCUGCCGAAUGGCGAGCAUCUGUGUUGCACAUCGAAGCAUCCAGGAGUUGACGUCGAGGCGGCUGAAGAGUCCUUCGAAAACAUUCGCAAAAUCGAGCACGACACACUUAAGCAGUCCAUUUGGGAAGCCAUUUGCAAUGAAUUACUCAGUUCGCUUAUUUCGUCUCCUGCUGACGUUGAAACGCUUCGAGUGUACCUAACCCUUCCCAUGUAUCAUGAAUUCAUCAAUUCGAAGAACUACCUUAGAUUGCACUCGCCAUUCAGUCGAGCAGUUCAGAACCUGCAGAAGAUACCGCUGCAAAUUGUUUCCCAGUGGUGGUCUCGGCAAACGAAAGAAUACUUCGAACGCCUGGUAGAGAACUUUAAAAGUGUUAUUCUGUACAUAAUAAAUUUUAAAUUCCCUAAAGCGAUUGGGGGUGAAGAAAAACAAGAGUUUCGUUAUGAAACAAAUCUCGAAUCAAUGUUGAAGAUUUUGGAAAUUUUAUACAAAAUCAACAAUAAUCUUCGAUUACAAAAACUCACCAAACAACAGUUCCACAUAAAUGAAAUUGACGAUCUGGUCGACAUCCGGCUAGAUUACGUACGUUGGGUGGUGGACGUACAUGGGACCUACUUUUCCCUCUGUAACUAUCCGUUCAUCUUCAACGCAGCAUCUAAAAUGAUACUACUGCAAACAGAUCAGAGUCUACAAAUGCACCAAGCAAUGCAAACCGCGGCCGCUGCGAGACUUUUUGCCAUGCUUAACCCGAGCGAAACCGGUUCGCAGUUUAUCGUGUUAAAUGUCACGAGAGAGAACAUUGUACAGGACACGUUGCGCGAGUUGGCACAAUACGCGGCAAACGAUCUGAAGAAACCCUUAAAGGUGCGCUUCCACGGUGAGGAAGCCGAAGAUGCCGGUGGAGUGAGAAAAGAAUUUUUCAUGCUCUUACUAAAGGACGUGCUGGACCCGAAGUACGGAAUGUUCAAAACGUACGAAGACUCACGGGCCAUUUGGUUCACCGAAGAUUACUUCGACAACGAGGACCCAAUGUUUGCGCUUAUCGGGAUCUUGUGUGGGCUGGCGAUCUACAACUUCACGAUAAUCAACCUUCCGUUUCCGCUGGCACUGUACAAGAAGCUCCUAGGGGAAGAAGUGAACCUGAACGAUCUGCGCGAUUUGUCUCCGGCGGUUGCCAAUUCCAUGCAGAGUAUUCUGGACUACGGGGAAGCAGAUUUCGUGGAAGUGUUUGAUUUAACAUUUUCCACCACCCGAGAUUAUUUUGGUGAAUUUCAAACAAUCGAGCUAAAACCGAAUGGCGAAAAUAUUCGCGUGACGCUAGACAAUAAGGAGGACUUUGUCAAACUUUACAUUGACUACACGCUGAACAAAUCGGUGGAAAAAUCUUUCAAACAAUUCUGCACCGGCUUAAUGAAAGUGUGCGGCGGUCGCGUACUGAAACUAUUCGAAGCUCAAGAACUGAUGGCCGUCGUUAUCGGAAACGAAGAGUACGACUGGCUCGCACUAGAGGAGAAUGCCGAAUAUAAGAACGGUUAUAAGUCCAGUGACCAGACGAUACGUUGGUUCUGGGAAGUAUUCCACGAGUUGCCUUUGGUGGAGAAAAAGAACUUUCUACUUUUCCUAACAGGCUGUGAUCGUAUACCAAUCCAGGGUAUGAAAGCUAUAAAGAUUUACAUUCAACCCACCACCGACGAUAAAUUUCUCCCUGUAGCUCACACGUGCUUCAAUCUUCUUGACCUGCCCCAGUAUCAGACGAAGGAAAAGCUGAAGUACAAAUUGCUACAGGCGAUCCAACAGACUCAGGGCUUUAGCUUGGUUUAAACUAUCAUCAAUUGUGUAUAUCCAGAAGACAGGAGACCAAGGCCGUAAUUGAUCCUGUGCUUUUUUUUCGGUUGAAUGAGAAGAGUGCAUGAAUGAUUGACUGUGCGAAUGUGUGCGGAAGAUAGAAUUGCCAAAUUUUACAGAAUUGCUCCGACACGUAUGUGUGCAUGUUUGCCUUCUCUUAACUCUAUUUUCGAACCGGCAGUGGAUAGUUUUUAGUUUUGCCUGUCGUCCAAAUUUAUAUUGUAUUUCAUUCUUUAGGUAUUCGUUUUUUCCGAAUUUAAAUUGAACCCGGUCUAGUUUAGAGUGUGCUCCGUCUGCGGCUGAAACUUCCUAAACAAAGAUUGUGCACAUUGGUUAUUGGAGUUUUGUGCUAGAAAGCACCUUUAAUAUAAACUGUAUUUGACGUGUUUUAUAAAUCUAAACCAACGUUGCGCUUAUUGUUUGGUUAACGUUCAAAUUCGAAAGAACAAAUUUUCUGUUAAGGGUUCUCUAAACUUUGUUAUACCUAUUUAAUGUUGAUUGACGUACUAACCGAUGAGAUAUUUAUUUAAUUGGGAAAUACUUUUUUUAUUACUGUCAAUUGUGCGAAGUUUUUAUUUACGCAAUAAUAAUAUAUACGUUGACACGCGGUCUGCGCAGAUAUCUUCUGCGUGACGAAGCUAGAAUUAUCCAGGAUUAAAGCUGUUGAUAAUAAAACUCGU